AUGAAAUUCUUGUACCUCGCCCUCUUCGCCUUGUUGGCCGUUUCGGCUUUGGCUGCUCCAGUACCAGAGACUGAGGCCCAACCAGAAGCCGCUCUUAAGACCGAAGAAACUAAACCAGAAGAAGCCAAGCCAGAAGAGCCAAAGACCGAGGAAAAGAAAGAAGAAGAAGCUAAACCAGAAGAGGCCAAGCCAGCUGCUGAGGAAGCUAAGCCAGAAGAGCCAAAGGCUGAAGAGAAGAAGGAAGAAGAGGCCAAGCCAGAAGAAGCUAAGCCAGCUUCUGAGGAAGCUAAGCCAGAGGAAGCUAAACCAGAAGAAGCCAAGCCAGAAGAAGCUAAGCCAGAAGAAGCCAAGCCAGAGGAAGAAAAGAAGGCUGAUGAGCCAGUAGCCGAAGAGAAGAAGACCGAAGAAGGCGAGAAGAAGAUCGAGAAGGCCGAAGACUCCAAGCCAGAAGAAGAGGCUAAGCCAGAAGAAGCCAAGCCAGCUGCUGAAGAAGAAAAGAAGGAAGAAGAAGCCAAGCCAGAAGAGAAGAAGGAUGAGCCCAAAUCCGACGAAUCUAAGCCAGCUUCGGAAGAGGCCAAGCCAGAAGAGCCAAAGGAAGAGAAGAAGGAUGAAUCCAAGUCUGAAGAGGCCAAGCCAGAAGAAGCCAAGCCAGCCGCCGACGCGCCACUGACCGAAGAAAACAAGGUUGAAGACGCUGACAAGAAGAUUGAGAAGCCAGAAGAGCCAAAGGAAGAAGAGAAGAAGGAAGAGGAAGCCAAGUCAGAGGAAGCCAAGCCAGAAGAAAAGAAGGAAGAGGAAGCUAAGCCAGAAGAGCCAAAGGAAGAAAAGAAGGACGAGUCCAAGUCCGAAGAGGCUAAGCCAGAAGAAGCCAAGCCAGCUUCCGAUGAAGCCAAGCCAGAAGAACCAAAGGAAGAAAAGAAGGAAGAAUCCAAAUCCGACGAAUCCAAGCCAGCUUCGGAAGAAGCCAAGCCAGCUGAACAAAAGGAUGAGUCCAAAUCCGAGGAGGCCAAGCCAGAAGAAACCAAGCCAGAAGAGAAAAAGUCGGAAGAAUCCGAAUCCAAAUCCGAUGAAUCCAAGAAAUCAUCAGAAGAACCAAAGAAGGACGAGUAA